UUGUCGGAGGCAGAGCAGAACAGUGGAAGUGGCGAUGGAGCACCACUUAGAUCCUUCCAUGCCUUCUUCCCGCCAUUUACUUUCUUCAAUCAUAGCUAUGGAACCUUCUCACUGUGUCAUCUCCCAUGCCAGGGCGUGUGGUGGAGGCUCAAUCACCGAACAAGUUCAGCAAUUCAUUUGGGACCAUUGCCUUUCCACUCCUGGUGAUUUACAUGCUCCUUACCUGAAGAAUUUUCUCAAGAAACUUAUUAAUCAAGUUGAGUCAGACCAUGGCUUUGUGUUGGAUAAUUUAUACGAACUCUAUGCUCACUACAUGGCAUCGUUUAAGGAUGAUAGUUUGGGGAAGAGAGAUGCAAGAAUCUGCAAAAGAAUUUCAUUUCUUUUUCCUGAGGGUUGUUCUGAACUACAAAGUUGUCCACGCUCGAGGGCAGUGGUUUUUUCGUUGCAGUGUUCUCUAAACAUGCUUGAAGGUGAUACUGGAUGCUCAAUAUGGCCAUCAAGUCUGUUUUUGUCCGAGUUAAUACUUUCUCAUCCAGAAUUAUUUUCUAAGAAAUCAUGCUUUGAGAUUGGUUCAGGAGUUGGCCUAGUUGGAUUAUGUCUGGCCCAUGUGAAAGCCUCCCAGGUGAUGUUAAGUGAUGGUGACCUAUCAACUUUAGCUAACAUGAAGUUUAAUUUGGAGUUGAACCACCUGAAUGCUGAGGCUAAUAUGACAGAAAGAAACAAAGAUUCAAACAUGGUAAAAUGCUUGUAUCUGCCGUGGGAAUCUGCAUCAGAAAGUGAACUUCAAGAUACCAUACCAGAUGUUGUUUUGGGUGCAGAUGUGAUAUAUGAUCCAGCUUGUUUACCUCAUCUUGUUCGAUUACUUGCCAUUCUUUUGAAUCAGAUGAAUUCGAGUUUCUGCACACAGCAUUCAAGUUGCAAGAGCCUCUCUCCAAACACUAAACUUGGAAAUGGUGAACAAAAUCACGAAAAUGAUAUUGAAAUAUAUAAUGGUGGUAGUAACAGUAGCAUGUCAAAGGAAGCACCAGUGGCUUAUAUUGCAUAUGUUAUCAGGAACAUUGAAACUUUCAACUAUUUUCUGAGCUUAGGGACACAGGCUAAUCUUCAUAUUGAGGAUCUUACUGAUUCAUUGAAGCCAUUGAAUCUCCUCUGCUACAUGCAAUCAUACAAUCAAACCAGUGCUUAGCUUUGCAUGGUGAAAUCAGAGAUGGCGGAGAGUGAAGUGGAGGUGAUUCACUCAUGGUCUGCUCCAAGAUCCCUCAGUACCAGUCUCAUGUAUUCUUUUGCUCAGAGGGAUGACAUAGAAGUGCUUGAUGAGCCUCUUUAUGCAAAUUUCCUCAGAGUAACAGGUCUUGAUAGACCGUACAGGGAGGAGCUACUCUCAAAAAUGGAAUCUGAUGGAAAUAAGGUCACUAGUGACAUAAUUUUUGGUCCAGGAAGGAAGAAAUAUAGAUUCUGCAAGCAUAUAUCAAAGCAACGGUUACAAGGUUUGACUGGUGAUCUAAUGAAGAAAGGAAAACACUUCAUUCUGAUAAGAAAUCCUCUUGAUAUAUUGCCAUCCUUUGAUAAGGUUGUCCCUCCAUCUUUCUAUGAGUUGGGUUUGGCAGAACUAGUUUGUAUAUACAAUGAACUUCGUGAGAUUGGAAAGGCACCACCUGUUAUUGAUGCUGCAGAACUUCAACAAGAUCCUGAGGCUACCCUACGCGGUCUCUGUGAUGAUCUGCAGAUUCCUUUUCAACCUGCUAUGCUCAAGUGGGAAGCAGGUCCAAAGGAAAUAGAUGGCUUGUGGGCUCCUUGGUGGUACAAGACUGUGCACAAAACUACUGGUUUUGAGAAACCUAGAAAGUAUCCCCAGCCAUUUCCUUUUUCUCUCUACGAUUUGUUGGAGCAAAGUCUACCACUGUAUAACAUGCUUCGGCGUCAUGUGAAGAAAAAAUCAUCUCUUCUGAUCCCUCCUUUACCUACUCCCAAUCUUCCUGUUCCUGCAAAUGAGAAAUUGCUUGCUUGGGUUGGUGAUGAGAUUGUGCCUCGUGAUAGUGCUAAGGUUUCUGUGUUUGAUUCAGUUGUCCAAGGAGGUGACUCGGUUUGGGAGGGACUUCGGGUGUAUAGUGGAAAGAUAUUUAAGCUUGAGGAGCAUCUAGACAGGUUAUUUGAUUCAGCAAAAGCUUUAGCUUUUGAAAAUGUUCCUAAUCGGGAUGAGAUAAAGGAAGCAAUUUUCAGAACUUUGAUUAGGAAUGGCAUGUUUGACAAUUCACACAUACGGCUUUCCCUAACACGAGGGAAAAAGGUUUCUUCUGGGAUGAGCCCAGCAUUCAAUCUUUAUGGUUGUACAUUAAUUGUGCUUGCUGAAUGGAAACCCCCAGUGUAUGAUAAUACCCGUGGUAUAGUUCUUGUAACUGCUACAACUCGCCGUAAUUCACCAAAUAACUUGGAUUCGAAGAUUCAUCACAAUAACCUUCUCAACAACAUACUUGCAAAGAUUGAAGGCAAUAAUGCAAAAGCAGAUGACGCAAUCAUGCUUGACCAAGAUGGUUAUUUGUCAGAAACCAAUGCAACUAACAUUUUUGUUGUCAAAAAAGGCCGUGUUCUGACACCUCAUGCCGAUUACUGUCUUCCUGGCAUUACUCGCGCAACUGUAAUGGAUCUUGUUGUGAAAGAAGAGUUAAUCUUAGAGGAGCGCAGAAUCAGCUUGUCAGAAGUGCAUACUGCAGAUGAGGUCUGGACAACUGGAACAAUGGGAGAACUAAGCCCGGUGGUGAAGGUUGAUGGUCGCGUAAUUGGCAAUGGAGAAGUUGGAGCAAUCACCAGAAGAUUGCAAGCUGCAUAUAAAAAUUUGACAGAAGAGGCUGGUGUACCUAUACCAACCUAUGUUAAAACUUGAAAAGAUUGCAGUUGUAAGGGAGAGGAAAAUGCUGUACAUUACUAAAAGCUACAUAUAUGGAAGCAUUUUUCCCUCAGAAAAGAAAAAUGGUUUUUCUGUUAUUCAAUAAAUUAGCAAAAAACAAACUCUUUCUUUUUCUUUGGAGGGGAAUUAAAAAGUUCGUGGUUCCAUUAGAGCUUGUUAAGGUUGAGUUUGGUUUCAAGUUAACUUUUUUUUAAUCACUGACCAGUUUACAUGGUUUUAGCUAAAUGAUCGGAUAUUUUUUAUU